AUUUUUUUUUCGUUAUCAAUGAGUGUUCGUUUGAAUUAAUAAUUUUUUCUCUACAUUUGAAUCAUUUCUCGAUCAACAGUCGUCUCCGAUCACCGAACAUGCACUCUAGUUGAUCUCCAACACUGUCGAGCUCUCGUUCAUGGCACAAUAAUCUCACACCAACUACUCAACGAACGCCGGAAAUGGAUACAGUAGAUAGAGAUGCAUCGGAGAAAACGCCUCCAAAACACGACAUCCUCGUCCCAUCAACCACAACCAGCCAGUUGGAGAAAAUGGACCAAUUCAAGCACCGAACCAUCUCUAAUGCUGUACGAGCAGAUCUAGAUCGGCCAAAAAAACCCAACGAACCGGCCAGUAUGAAACGUCUCGUACAAGCUCACUUGCUAAAAAAAUCCGAGCUUUCUAAAACCGAUCUAUUAUCUACAUCAAAUGGGACCGAAAAGCAAACCAUGGACGAUAUGAAACGCGAAGCAGAGCUAGCUGCGAUGAAACGAGCCGCUAACAUGUUCCAGAAAACCGGCCAUCUCGAGAAAGUCGAACAAUAUAAACGUAGAAUAAGCAGAAAGUUCGCUUCGACCGAAGCUAUGUUGAAAACAACGAUGCAAGCUCAACUGGAUAACGUUACAGUAGCUAUAAAUCAACUUCAAUCUUUCCUCCAGUGCGUUCCUCAAGUUCGAACUUCUAUUCGAUCCAUUCAAGACGAGUUAUCCGAACUGCCCAAGCUGGGUAACGCUUUGCAAGAGGUUAAGAAUAAGAACAUGCGUCAUUCGCAAUACGUCACUGCUAUCGAGAACCUUAAACAUCUGUUCACCGUACCCGAAAGCGUAGAAAAAACCAAGCAAUGGAUCAGCGACGGUAAACUACUGCAUGCUCAUCAGUGUCUAAUCGAUUUGGAGAAUUCUCGAGAUGAUUUACUCUACGAACUGCACAAGUUACCCAAUCAAUCGGUAGCUGAUAAGAUGCUGCUGAAGGCGUACUUCGAAGACGUCGAAGCUCUCAGUUCCUUACUAGAGAAACAACUCAAGCUCGUGCUCGGUCGAACUCUAACCAUCGUUCGAAAAGAACCUACGGUAAUCGUGACAGCAUUAAGGAUCAUCGAACGAGAAGAGAAAUCCGACGCUGUAGCUCUCCAAAGACAACGUCAGAGCGGUUUCCUUCCUCCAGGGAGGCCGAAGAAAUGGCGCGAGAUGGCGUUCAAAGAGCUGGAGAAAUCGGUCUCUCAACGUAUCGAAGGUAUUCAAGUAGACGAACGAUCUGGUAACAAGAUGUGGCUCGUUACGUACCUGGAACUGAGCAGGCAAUUCGUGCUGGAAGAUUUACGAGUCGUUAAGACCUUAUGCGGACCUUGUUUUCCUCCUUCGUACGAUAUCGUGAAUAAAUUCGUCCACAUGUAUCAUCAAAGCUUAUCCGCGCAUUUGGAAGAAAUCAUCUCGAACGGAUUAGAAGGUAACGAAUACGUUAGCAUAUUAUCGUGGAUUAAAAACACCUACUUCGGUCCCGAACUAAUGAAGCAUCCUGAUCUGAACAUCGACAUAUCAUCCGUCGGUCCACUUCUCAAACCUCACGUCGUCAAUAAACUGCAACAAAACUAUCUCGACGGAAUGGAAACAAACUACAAAGAAUGGAUGCAAAAAACCCUCGAAACCGAGAAACAAGACUGGCAUUCCGAAAUACACCCCGAAGAAAGCCCCGACGGAUGUUAUCAAACCGCAACUCCGGUUAUUAUAUUCCAAAUGAUAGAUCAGAAUCUCCAAGUGGCUAAAACCAUCGGUCCCGAUUUAGUCCAGAAAGCUUUGGUUCUAGGUAUGGAUCAAGUUAACUAUUUCGGUAAACUGUACCGAGAAGCUAUAAUCAAACUGAAGAAGAAACACUUCGAAGAUCGUAGCCUGAUACCGUAUUUUACUCAUCAUAUGAUCACCAUCACAAAUAACUGUCUGCAGUUCCAGCAACUAGCCGAAGAAAUGAGGAAACAUUACUGGAAUUUGGACGGACACGUGUUGGCGAUACCGAAUUACGACUCGUUGUUGCAGACGUUCCAAAAUCUGAGGAACGAGGCGGCUCUGUAUUUAUUAGAAGAGGCUUUCUUGGACUUGGAUAGUCAUUUUCAAGAUUUGAUCACCACCAAGUGGGUGUCCAGUUCGAUACCGAUUGAUACGAUAUGCGUUACGUUGGAGGAUUAUUUUCAAGAUUACAUUCAUCUGAAAGGAAAGAAUCUCGAAUACAUUAUAUUCGAAGCCGAAGACUUGGUAGCCAAAAGAUACAUAAUCGCCAUGUUACAGAAAAAGAUCACCUUUCGUACCCUGGAAGAACGUAGACAAGCCGCCUCGAAGAUUGUUCGAGAAGUAGAGCAAUUGAGAGCAUUUUUUGUAAAAGUCGCUCCCGAUGUAACGACUCGAGUUAAUUCUCCUUUAGACGCGAUUACAGCUCUGGCUGAAGUAUUGAAGAGCGAAGAUCUGGAUAUUUUGUCUUUAGAUCUGCAUACGUUAGUCGAUAAGUUCCCAGAUAUCACCGAAGAUCAUCUGUCUCGAUUAUUAAUGUUACGCGGUGAUAUGUCACGUUCGGAGAUAAGAGAGAAAGUGACGUUUUUAAGACAAUCGAACUCGAAUAGAGCUAAAGUUGCUCAGCAAAGGAGUAUUUUUCAACAAAUACCGUGAUUUUUUUUCCUCAUACUCAUACGAGACUCAUGUUUAUACCUGAAGUAUUAUUUAUCAUGUAUUAUUUGUUUGUUAUGAAUUUUAUUUAUUGGUAUUAUGUGUUAUUCGUUUAUAAAGAAAUUGUUUAUUUUGUA